GGCGCCGCCGCAGUGCGCAGAGCAGUGUUGGUGCUCGCCGCCCCCUCUCCACCAGAGGGGCGCAUUCGGUUGCUGGCGCAGUUUCCCAACGCCGUGCCCGCCCCUCAGUCCUCUCCUUCUAGCUCCCGCCCUUCGUCGGCUGCAGUCCCUGGCCCCGCCAUGGGAAAUAUGCCUUCCGCGGUGAAGCACUGCCUCAGCUACCAACAACUUCUCCGAGAGCAUCUCUGGAUCGGGGAUUCGGUGGCAGGGGCACUCGACCCCGCGCAGGAAUCAUCGCAGUUAUCUGGACUCCCUGAGUAUGUCAAAAUAGUUGAAGUUGGACCAAGGGAUGGAUUACAGAAUGAAAAGAUUAUAGUUCCUACAGAUAUAAAAAUUGAAUUUAUCAAUCAGCUUUCCCAGACUGGCUUGUCUGUAAUAGAAGUGACCAGCUUUGUAUCCUCCAGAUGGGUACCACAGGUUGCUGCUGGAGCCACUGAGAUUUCAGUGUUUGGUGCUGCAUCUGAGUCUUUUAGCAAGAAGAAUAUUAACUGUUCCAUUGAAGAAAGCAUGGAUAAAUUUGAGGAGGUCGUUAAGUCUGCAAAACACAUGGGUGUUCCAGCACGAGGGUAUGUUUCUUGUGCCCUGGGCUGUCCCUAUGAAGGAAAUAUCACACCGCAAAAAGUGACAGAAGUGUCUAAGAGGUUGUAUGGCAUGGGCUGUUAUGAGAUCUCUCUGGGAGACACAAUUGGAGUGGGAACUCCAGGAAGCAUGAAAAGAAUGUUGGAAAGUGUCAUGAAAGAAAUCCCACCAGGUGCUCUUGCUGUUCACUGUCAUGACACAUAUGGACAAGCUUUAGCAAAUAUCCUUACAGCCCUUCAGAUGGGGAUUAAUGUGGUGGACUCUGCAGUAUCUGGAUUAGGUGGUUGCCCUUAUGCAAAAGGUGCUUCUGGGAAUGUAGCCACUGAGGAUUUGAUAUAUAUGCUUAACGGACUGGGGCUCAAUACAGGAGUGAACCUUUACAAGGUGAUGGAAGCUGGUGACUUUAUUUGCAAAGCUGUGAAUAAAACCACAAACUCAAAAGUAGCACAAGCCUCCUUCAAUGCUUGACUUGAAUGAAUUUGUAACUUAAGGUUGAGAAGAUCCGUUUCAACUACAUGUAUUCAUCUGAAAGUCAUUACUGUCAACUUGUUCUGAAAUGUGAAGUAAUGGACAAGAGUGGAAAAAAGAAAUACUUUGUAAAAUGAGCAUUGCUGGAUGGAUUAUGCAGUCAGAGGAAAGCAAUACCAGUCAUCAGGUAAAUUGCAAGCUGAGGAUAAAUAAUAAAACUCAUAGACAUGCUUUUGAAUUUGGAAAAAAAAGUCUACUUUUUGCUUCUUAGAAAUAACUUUUUAAUUUAGUAGACGUGAAAAUUGACUUCAGAUUUCCCUAAGUAUCAAAUACCAUGUUAAUACUUAAUCAAGCUGGUUUAGUACAGUGUACAUAUUGUCGGUAGUUUAUGAGCUCCUGCAUAGUGUGCAAAGUGUGUGGGCUCAGUAUUAUGCAUUAUGCCUCUGGAUCUCAACUUUCCAUUUGCCAAGUCAGUUAAGUUAUGGACCAAGAGCCAAAUCUGCAUCUGACCCUACAUAAUUUUUAGCAAUAGAACUUUUAUAUUUCAAAUUCGGCUAACAUCUGUUAACUAUUUCAAUGACUUUAUCUUGUUCCAAGGGGCUGUGGUCAAUGGCAAUAUGCCAUCUCCUGGAAACAUAUUACGACCUCCCAUGUUUGUUACAUGCAUUCAGUUUACCAUACUUUCCCUUUCAUCAGUUGUAGUAAAAACUACUAUGCUGUUAGUUAGCUACUGAGAAAUAUAAGCUAUGAGUUGCCUUCUGAUAUCUAAAUUUCAGUAAUGAGAAUAGAUAGAUACGUGUGCCAUAAUCCACUUCUAUAAUUUUCAGAUCACUUCCAAAUUGCCUAAGGAAAUAUCGCUGUAAUAAUAGGAAUAUUAAGCUAUUUUUAAUUAAUGAAAUAAAUUUUCCAUUGAUUCCAGGUACUUUGAUUAAUCACCCCAGUUUUGUUUUUUUAGGGGUU